UUUCUUGUAAUUGGAAUACUAUAAACUAAUAGAAGUCAAGAUAAGCAUGUAUAGAAACAGAGGAAACUAGCUAGAAGUCAACAAUAACUAUUCUUCCCUUUAAUUUGUGCUCUCUCUCUCACCUUAAUUUCUUCUCACUUUCCUUGCAACAUUACAUACUAUAAACAAACUUUGUCAGCUUCCAAUUCCAAUUAUAUAUGUAUUAGUUUUGUUCUUUGUUUAUAACGUUUCAUCAUCAUCAUCUGAGUCAUGGGAAACUGUUUUGCAAAUUCAGGAGUUGACAAUAAGAUUCACAAAAAUAUCACUUCAACUACCUAUAAACAACACGACACUACUUCUUCUGCAGGUGUAGAGGAUGAGAGAAGUACUGUUGGAGCAAAAAUCGCGGCAGUGGAGAAGGAAAGAGGCGGGGAGAGGGCGGUUGGAAAAAUUGUUACACCGAAUCUUAAAAUGUUUACAUUGGAUGAGUUGAAAAGUGCGACAAGAAACUUCAGACCAGACACGGUGCUCGGUGAGGGUGGUUUUGGACGUGUUUUCAAAGGAUGGAUCGACGAAAAGACUUUAAAACCAGCCAAAGUUGGUGUUGGAAUUCCGGUUGCUGUUAAGAAGUCAAACGCCGAUAGUCUCCAAGGUUUACAAGAAUGGCAGAGUGAAGUGAAAUUUUUGGGAAAAUUCUCUCAUCCAAAUCUUGUUAAACUACUUGGCUACUGCUGGGAGGAAAAUCAAUUCUUGUUAGUCUACGAAUGCAUGCAAAAGGGCAGCUUGGAAAGUCAUCUUUUCAGAAGCCCUGAACCACUUUCUUGGGAAAUAAGGCUGAAGAUAGCCAUAGGAGCUGCCAAAGGUUUGGCUUUCUUGCACACUUCAGAAAAGUCUGUUAUUUAUAGAGACUUCAAGUCCUCCAACAUUUUGCUUGAUGGGGACUUUAAUGCAAAGUUGUCUGAUUUUGGGUUGGCCAAGCUUGGGCCUGUAAAUGGUAGAUCACAUGUAACUACAAGAAUCAUGGGCACAUAUGGUUAUGCAGCUCCUGAGUACAUGGCUACAGGUCAUCUAUAUGUGAAAAGUGAUGUGUAUGGAUUUGGUGUUGUGCUUCUAGAAAUGUUAACAGGUUUAAUAGCAUUGGACCCAAAUAGGCCAACACAUGAGAUGAAUUUGGUGGAAUUCACAAAGAGUUCUCUAAGUGACAAAAAGAAACUCAAAAAAAUAAUGGAUCAAAGGUUGGAGAAAAAUUAUCCAUUAACAUCAGCAUUUUUAAUAGCCCAAGUUAUACUCAAAUGUUUAGAAUCUGACCCAAAAAAUAGACCAUCAAUGGAGCAAGUAUUGGAAACUUUAGAAAAGGCUCAAACCAUCAAAGUUAAAACCAAAGUGAAGAAAUCAAGAAGCUCUGUGCAUCAAAAAACUAAGAGUCCAAAUGAGCAUAAUUGGUCACUCUAAAUUAAGAACUCAUUCUCUUCAAUAGCUAGCACUCCAAUAUACUUUGUAAUUUCCACAUUGAUUAUUCUGUAUUAUACUCUGUGCACAUAUGUAUAAUUUUUAAUUUAUUAGCUGUUA